AUGACUCUCACUCACUUCUUCACAACCUCAAUGAUUCUCUUCUCGCUUGUGGCUAUUUCUUCUGCUAGCAUUGGUAGAAACUGUGACAAGGAUAAUGUUGUAGUAUGUGACUCAUAUCGAAGGAAAAACAUAUAUGGAGAAGAAAAGAUAACAUGUACGAAAGUUGAUAAGCAAGGGUAUGAGACGGGUUCAAACUCCUUCAGUGGUGCAAGUGACGAAAAGGGUUACUUCUUUGCAACACUCUAUCCUUCUGAGGUCGAAGAUGAUUGCAACCUCGCAGAGUGCAAGGCCUUCCUUGAAAGCUCUCCAUUAGAGACCUGCAAUGUUCCCACUGAUGAUAACAAUGGCGUCAGUGGCUGUCCUCUUGAUUUUUAUCGCAGCCUGAGUGUCAAGAAGAUGAUGUUGUAUUUUGUGAAGCCUCUCUUCUACACCUCUAAGCCUAAAUCAAUCUCUAAUGGUUACUAG